CGAACUUUUGGCGGUAAAACUAAAGAUAACAUAGGUUAAGAUCGUUAAUACUGCAUAGUCUAUGCCUAUGGUUUAUAGCAUAGAUUGUUUAUAGUUUAUAUUUUAUAUCGGUCUCUUCAUGGUCUCCAUAGAAUAGAUGGUGGUCCUUUUUUAUGAUUAUCAACGAUUAGCAACUUGCAAAGAUGGUGUUAUUCUUAACUUUAUGAGUUCAACUUAUCAUUUGAAUCAGGAGGAUAAUGGUAUCUCGUUAUCAGUGACAAAUGUCAAAAAACCAAAAUAACAUUUUAAUCGAUUUUCAAUUAUUGUGUUCAAUGAGUAAGCCUAAGCUCUUUUUGUAAAACAGUGAUGUCUUAUAGACAAAAGGCACCAGUUUAAGGUUAAUUUGUGAAGAUCCAGCAAGUGCAUGUCUAUUUAUCUUGAAUUUAACUCUGCAAAGGAUUUAAUCUACAUUUCAACAUGGCAUUUGCUGGACUGAAAAAGCAGAUAAACAAAUGCAAUCAAUAUGUCACCGAAAAAAUGGGUGGUGCAGAGGGUACAAAACUUGAUUUGGACUUCAUGGACAUGGAGAGGAAAACUGAUGUUACAUACGAAUUGGUGGAGGAAUUACAAGUGAAAACUAAAGAAUUCCUUCAACCUAAUCCAAACGCUCGAGCCAAAAUGGCUGCAGUAAAGGGAAUUAGCAAACUAAGUGGCCAAGCUAAGUCCAACACUUACCCUCAACCGGAAGGUGUUUUGGGAGAUUGUAUGUUGACUUAUGGGCGAAAGUUAGGGGACGACAGUAUGUUCGGACAAGCAUUAGUUGAAAUGGGGGAAGCAUUGAAACAAAUGGCCGAUGUGAAAUAUUCACUGGAUGACAAUAUCAAACAAAACUUUUUAGAACCUCUCCAUCAUUUACAUACAAAGGAUCUCAAAGAAGUGAUGCAUCACAGAAAGAAACUUCAGGGACGCAGGUUGGAUUUCGAUUGUAAAAAAAGACGCCAGGCUAAAGCAUUUAAAACUUCGGGAAGUCCCUAUAGCAGUCCAAUUAAGAGUCUGCACGGUUCGCACAUAAGUGAUGAUGAAAUUAAGACUGCAGAAGAUAAGUUUGCAGAGUCGCUGCAUUUAGCUCAAAUGGGAAUGUUUAAUUUAUUGGAAAACGAUGUAGAACAAAUUUCACAACUGGCUACUUUUGCAGAAGCCUUGUUAGAUUACCACAGCCAGUGUACAGAUAUUUUGAAAGGCAUAACAGAAACCAUACUUUUAAAAAAAGAUGAAGCGGCAAAUCGUCCGAAAAUGGAAUUCGUUCCCAAGACACUGCACGAUCUAGAAGGAGUGACCGACGGAUUUAAUGGUACAAGUAGCCAUUUCGCCCCUAAUAGUUUUCCAACGCAGCCCUUUAACCUUCCUCCCAGUCAUGUCUCAAAAGUUUCUAAUUACCGACCCUCACCCGACCCUUUCGAUUCAUGGAGUUUUCAAGGUUCUUCACUGUUGUCUUCUCCACAAAAUAAACCGCAUGUUCAGCUAGAUUUUGGACAACAAUCUGCAAAUGCUUCGCCAUUACCGUCCCCUAUGAAGUCACCCGCAAGAAGUCCCAUGACUCGAACCCCAUGUUGUACAGCGCUUUAUGACUUUGAGCCAGAAAAUCCUGGAGAAUUGGGAUUUAAGGAAAAUGAUGUUAUCACAUUAAUAAAUAAAAUUGAUGAAAAUUGGUUCGAGGGUAGUGUAAAUGGCCGUACCGGUUAUUUCCCCGUAACAUACGUCAAAGUGGAUGUUCCAUUACCAUGAGUUACUGGCUAGAGAUGUUACCAAAUUUUUAAUUUUGAUUUUUUUUAUUUAAAUAAAUUUAUUACCUACUUUAAUUUACAGAGAAAGAUGGCCUCCAUGUAGCUAUUAGAUAGGUAUUGAUCCAACAUUCUGUAUACAGUAAUCAACUUAAAUAUAGGUACACCAUUAAAUUAUUACUUUUUUUUUUUUAAAUAUAUUACUUGUAUUGGCUAUGUAACUCAUUUACAAUAUCGAGUAAAUGUUGGAUAAAACGGAAAUAUUUACAAAUCUUAAAAAAAUUAUUUACAAAGAUGUGAUUUAACUAAUUAUUUAUUACAAAUAUUUCGAUUAUUUCCAACACUAAGGAACAUUUACACGGUACAAUUGCGUGCAGCGUAUACGAAGUUAAACAAUGGUUUUUAUGGAGAAUUGAGAGAAUGUUUAUUACUAAUUGAUUAUUCAUUGAUCAUUUAAACAAUACGGAAAUGUUAAGUAUUGCUUUUUAUUUUCAUUUAACAGAGAAUAAUCAUGGUAAACAUUUAAUGUCCGUAAUACAUAUACACCAAUGAAUAGUUAGUUAUGAUGAAAUGAUAAGUGAUCUGACCUGGCACAGGUAAAAAAAAAAAACAAGUUAUGUUACUGUGACAAUUGAUGUACGUUAUGGAUCGAAAAUGUUUUGUUAUAUAUUAUGUUUUUAAAAAAAAAGCUCAAUAUUUUUAGUGUAAUACAGAUUAUAGACAUUAUUAGUGUUAAUAUAUUAGCUAAUUGAAUUUAAAAAAUUAAAUGUUCAAUUCAUUACAAAUGUUUCGACUUAUGAUAAAUAUGCACUUACGUGUGUUAAAUUAUUAAAAAACAAUGAAACUAAUAAUAAUAAUGCAGUAGAGGUGUCCUACAGAAUAUACUCAAUGUUAAUUAAUUUUUUAAAUGUUCCAUGUUGUAUUAGUGUAAUAAGUGAAAAUGUAAUUUCUGUUUCAGGUGUAAUUUGUGCAAAACGUUACGUUCGAAUUGAAUAUAAAAGCUUUUCAAAUCCUCUGAUCACUGCAUGAUAUGUAUGUAAAUAAUAUAAGUCGAAAUAUUAGUAGACAACAACUUUCGAAAUUACCAAAGUAAAUUAAAAAUGUUUAUUAUUAUUAUUGUUAUUCAAAACUGUAGGUUUUCAGUAAGCAUAUAUGUAAAAUGUUUUGUAACAACAACACUACACCAGAUGGGUAACAUAGAAAAUACAUGUAUAGUCUGAUAGGGUGAGUUAAAAUUAAGAAACUUAAGAAUUGUACAAAUUAUCAGAGGGGUAACAUGUUCGCGUUCAAAUUUUGAACUCGCUCAAUCAGCAAUAACUUUUGAAAAUAAACGUUUAAUUUUUCCAUCUGGUUAUACGACAAUACAUAGAUGUUAUAAAUAAGUAAAGGCUACUAUAUUCUUAUGAAAGUUGUCUUAAAAUGUAUCUCUGUUUUAAAUGCUUCUCGAGCUACAUCUUGCCUGUCAUUUAAAAUGUAUUUUCAACGUUUUCCAUGCCUGUUGCAUAAUAUAAGCGUCUAAAACUGUUAUUAAUACAUAUGUAUAAAAAACAAUAAGUAUUCUAUUCUCUGCAAAUACAUUCUGCGUGUCAAAAGCUGUGUGUUUAAUAAAAAGAAAUUAUAUGUUUGUGAAAGUUAUGCAUAUAAUAGAAAGAUUGCCAUUUUUUUUCUUUUUUUGUUCUUUGCUUCGUGCUUAAAUUUUUUUUAAAAGUCUGAUAAGAAAUUUGUGGUAAACUCAACACAGUUAUAAAACUGUUUUGUGUACCUUUAAUUUUAAAGUUCAACUGAUAUAUUGUUCUAUCAUUAAAAAACUGUAAAUUGUAUAAAUUUAACUUUUAAAAAUAUGUAUUUGUUAAAUUUAAAAUACGAACAGUUCCUAGAUUUAAUAGAAGGAGAUGUAUACCUAAUUGAUUACCAUUUGUAUGUAGAAUUGAAUUUUCAGUUCCACAUAUGCAAAUGAAUAUUGAUAUAUCAUGCAACUUGUGACACGUGAUUUACUGCAAAUUUUAUUCGUAAUGUUUCGAUUUUUUUAAAAAUUACUUAAGCAAUAACGACGUUUGUUUAUGUGCACAAUAUGCAAAGAAAGAAUAUAUGCCUAUAAUAUAAAUAAAUAUUGCUUAUUUUUGAAAAAAGCCGAACUUAAUUUUCUGUAAAAAGAUAGUUACCAAAUUUCUUAUAUGUAGUCUAUUUCCAAAAUACUAUAACUGUUAGACAAACAUAACAAAUGCAGUGUUAACGUUAAUAUGUAAUUGUGGAUCAAUUAAACAGUGUAGAAGAAUUA